AUGCCGCUGUGUGGUGGAUCGAGUUCUUCAAAGAAACCCAUCGAGCGUAAGAUCGUCAUCCUAGGAGAUGGUGCGUGUGGUAAGACAUCGCUUUUAAAUGUGUUCACAAGAGGGUACUUUCCUAAGGUUUACGAGCCAACGGUAUUCGAAAAUUACAUACACGACAUCUUCGUGGACAGCCAGCAUAUCACACUGAGUCUAUGGGACACGGCAGGCCAAGAAGAGUUUGAUAGACUACGGUCAUUGUCGUAUUCUGACACUCAUACAAUCAUGCUAUGCUUCUCAGUUGAUUCACGAGACUCGCUGGACAACGUGCAGCACAAAUGGGUAGGAGAGAUUGCAGACCAUUGUGAGGGUGUAAAACUGGUGCUAGUGGCUCUAAAGUGCGAUUUGAGAAACAAUACAGAGGAGUUUGCCCUUGAUUCAGCUAUCACACCGGGAAACAUUCAGCAACAACAAGAGCAGCAGCAAAUGGGCAACUCUAGUAACGAGUCAAGACUGAUCUCUUAUGAUGAAGGGCUGGCCAUGGCUAAGAAGAUUGGUGCGCUCCGCUAUCUCGAAUGUAGUGCCAAGAUGAACCGCGGCGUAAAUGAGGCAUUCACUGAGGCCGCAAGGUGUGCUUUGACAGCACAUCCGAGGGGUGCUAAAGAGGGCAAUCAAGAGGAGAGCAAGAAAAGUAGCAACUGUACUGUUAUGUGA